AUGCAAACAUUCAAAACUGCAAGUAAUCAUGAUGAAGUGCUUGUGUCAAUUGACGUUGAAUCCGUCGCGAUCGGUUUUACCCACGCAACUGACGAUCGAUAUCCUGUUACUGUUAGCGUAGUUAAUGAUGAAUGUCAAGUAGUGUACGAAGGGAUGAUCAAACCAAAUGUAACGGUGGUCAGCUAUUUGACAUUAUUGACAGGAUUGAAACAAGGUGAUUUAGAUCGUGGUGAAGCAUUGGAGGAGGUGCUACAAAAAGUUCAUGCAUUACUGUCACCAAAUGUAGUUUUGGUCGGACAAAGUCCUAAAAGUGAUGUGAAAUGGUUGCAACUAAAACAAGGUGUUCAUUAUAAAAGAGUGAUUGAUCUAUCAGAGAUGUUCAAAAUAUAUAAUCCAAAAUAUCGAACCACAAAUUAUUUUUCAUUAGCACAUGAGGCAGAUGUGUUGUUAGGCAUAGAUUUGAAUUCAUCAACUGGACAUAAUGCUACUCAAGAUGCGAAAACAUCAAUGCAACUCUAUCAGAAAUAUAAAAAUAACGAAAAUGAUCUUAAACUAGCUCGUCUUCAUCUACUAGCAAAUCGUCCUCGACCGACUCCUGCUAAAGUGUACAACUACCGUGCAUCGGAAUUUAAUCAUUAUAUUACGUUACAAGGAUGUUCGGUUCCCGGUUCCGGAACCGAGAACCGCGGUUCUGGAACCGAAACCACGGUUCCGGUUCUCGAGUUAGAACCGAAGCGAAAAGAACCGCGAUUCCGGUUCUCGACUUAGAACCGAACCGCGGUUCUCGGUUCUCAGCUAAGAACCGGAGAAGAAUUUUUCAAGCAGUAAUAAUUCUGCCAAAUGAAAUUCAUUUUAUAGUAAACGCAAGGAUGCUUUUAAAUGAUGACAG